GUCGAUCACGCCCAUACUUACACUCUCCCCGCCCCUCCAUUCGGACCUUUACACGUGUAGUCCCCUUUUCUGAAUACUUCAACCUUUCAAAUCAACAGCAGAGCCGCCGCUCCGUCAAGACCUUGUCCGGCGCUGCGGCGCCUUUAAUGGUCUCGAUCCGCCGCCAUGGUAUCGCGAAAGCGCGCCCGCUCCGAGGUGGACGCUACCCCGGAGCAGCCACCUGAGGAGCCGGGCUUGCUUCACCAGCUUCAGAACAGCUGGGAGUUUGCGAACCUGAUGCAAUACAUUGCCAUGUUUGGGAAACUCAUGAAGAUCGACGAGGAUUUUGGAAUCGAGGAUCUGGAGAAUGAAUGUCUUAAGCCCACUGCUUCAGAGAAACUACUGGAGAUUGGACUCUGUCUUUUGAAAUGGGUCUCGUCGCAUCGGGGUCUUACGUUCGAUAAUUUUGAUGAGUAUACGCGACGCCAGUACAAUGCCAAAGCACCGCAUAUCACCAACCCCUUUGGACAUGAGGAGGUCCCUAAUAAGUUUAUGGAUUUUGAUGUCUUCCUGAAGCUUCGCGUUUUGCACCAGUUGACUAUCUGGACUUUCUGGAACCCCGACCGCAUUCGCGACAAGAUGCCGGAGCAAAGGGAGAAUGACCAGACGCAGUGGCGCAUCGAGGAGGUUGGCUACGAUCGCGAAGGCCGCUACUACUACAUUCUUGAUGAUAACCGGCUCUAUCGUCGCACCGAUCCCCCGAUCCCACCACCCAAACCGGUCAAGCCGAAAUCGAGAAGAAAAAGUGCUCGCGCCAUGAGGGCUUCAAAAAGAAGAAAGGUCACCGGGGCGGAUCCUAUAGAAGAGUCUGAUGAAGAGAACAAUGCUGUGAACGGUGACGCCACUGAUGACCCCUUCGAAAAGAUCACCUGGGAGUGCAUUGCUAUCACGCUCUCGGAUUACCAGCAGUUCCUGGAGUCAAUCCGGAAGACGAGGGACCCGGAUGAGAAAAUCCUAAGAGACAGGAUUGAAGAACAAGUCUUGCCGGUGAUCGAGAAGGAGGAAGAGUCACAACAGCGUCAAAAGCAAAAGCGCGAGAAGGAACUCUUCAACAUGCAGUUGCUCGCUGGUGCCAAGCGAUCCAGCCGCAUUGCUGGAAAGGCCGAGAAGGAACGACAUGAACGCGAGGCCGCUGAAGCAGCAUACAAGCGAGAGGCGGAGCUUUCCGCAGCCCGCUUAGAGGAAGAAAGAGUGAAGAAAAUCGAACAGGAGAGGCACUCACGCAUCAUGACCCGCGAGCAACGUAUCAAGGAUCGGGAGAGGAAGCGCAUCUUGCAUGAGAGUGAACUACGGCGAAUAGAGGAGGAGCAUGAGAAGGUUGCGAGAGGUGAAAGCAGAGCUUCUGAGAGACAUCUAAAAGCUGAGAUGGAGAGGUAUCGGAAGAACUUGGAAGACCUUUCACAAGAGGACCAAUGGGUUUUCGACUGCUCGGGCUGCGGUGUGCAUGGCCAAAACCUGGAUGACGGUUCCCAUAGCGUUGCAUGCGAAAACUGCAAUGUGUGGCAGCACAGCAAAUGUCUCGGUAUUCCAAAGAACGAAGCAGAACGGGAUGACUUCCACUUUGUUUGCAAAGACUGCAAACGACGCGAGGAGGAAUCAAGGAUGCCCAAAAUCCCGCCGUUGAAGUUCCGUGUCGGCUCAUCCACCUCGCCGUCCUCAGCAGCUGUCGAGGGAGACACAAAAAUCAAGGCCCCAGACGUGGAACAGUCUCCUACGCCGCCCACAAAAGAAGCCCAGCAUAUCUUCCAGCUGCCUUUGACUUUAUCUCCUACCAAACAACCCCCUCCAUUUCCCUCUAUACCUCCUCAGAACCCAGCUCAGGCCACCCCUCUUCCUCCGCCAUCACCUGAGCGCCGACCUCAGUCCGCACACACCACCUCAUUCAGCCCCCCUCGAGCUCCGUUCUCUCCGUCAAAGGGCAUCAAUGGAUUUACUCCGUCGUCCAAGGAGCAACUUCCGAAGUUGCCUUCUGUUCAUCAGACUAUGCAUCUGCCUCCCCAUAACCCCGAUUCUCUUAAUGGCGGCACCUUCCCAGCGCGACGACCAUCGUCAUCUCACUCUGUGCGGAGUCCCACUUUGCCCUCUCCCAUCCAAAACCGCCCAUCCAUGUCUCCCACCCAGGGAAAUCGAGACGUUGGCCCUCUUGCAGGGUUUCCACCUGUAGCGCCGUCAGAUCACUCUAACCAGUGGACGCCAUACGGUCAACAACAAACACCACGCCCGAACACAGGCAACCACGCUUCAAUUUCUUCGAUACACGGCGGACGUCCGUCGUUCACGGCUACCCCUACUGGCAGUCGGUCCUCUCCUCCACAAAGUUCCCAUGGCGUGCCGUUUUCGGGAAUCAGUCCGACCAAGCAAUCACCACGACCUAUGACGUCUGGAAGUGUCACAGGCGCCACUGUUCUACCUCCGAUUCAGAGGCUUGAGCCUAGUCCGAAGUUGAUGGGUCGAAGCUCACCAGACGCACCGAUCCCGCCCCCAGUCAAGUGCAUGACACCGGAGCAGGAGGAACGCAGGCAGAGAGAGAAUGCUUUGCUGCAGGCCCAGUUGCAUGGAACUAACGGUCAGCAUUCGGUCAUGUCCUCGCCUUCACUAAACCGCAUACCGCCUCUCGGGCCGCCUGCAGUCUCACAGCAGCCUGGUCCAUCCCCUCAUCCCGCCCCGAAAUGAAGAUAGUUUGAGUGACAGCUCCCAAGGAUAGAUUUUAGCUGUGGGACUAUUCGAAUCAGAUUUCUUUAUCCCUUCUACGCUCGAUCUUGAAUCGGAUAUCC